GUCUAGUCACAUAGCUGCUGCCUUCCUCCCUCCUCCUUGGAUUAAAUCCUCUCCUUUUCAUCUGUGUUUACAUGUCACUGUGUCUUCAGAUGGUCUAGCUGUUCCUAGCUCUUCUCUGGGACUCAUCAUGGACUACUCUCAGCCGUUCUCGGUGCUCAAUGAGCAGCUGAGACCCCGACUGACCUCCAGCGAGCAGCUUCACUCUUCCCUCUGCAGGCUGGAGGACAGGAAGCUGGACUCCAGCUCCAUGAGGACCAAAUACAUGUUGUACAGAUCAUCUAUCCUACCGACAGAAACAGAACCACAGACCUCCAUCAGCAACACAGAGGAUGCAGAUCAACAUCAAACUAGCACAGAACAAGAAGUUUUGGGCUUCAGCAGCACAGAGGAGGGACUUUCCUCGGAUCUGCUGCCUUACAUCAACUCCUGCUUCAACAGAGAUUUUAACAUAAAGGACGAGGAUGAAGACGGGCAGGCAAACGACAACAGCAGCAUGACUCAGUCCGAGGAGACGGACAGCUCAGGUGAAAUGGGCUCAGAGGAGGCAAGGGACUCCGUGAAGACAGGAGCCGGAGCCGAAGCGGGAGAGAGCCCCUUCCAGAGGUUCUACGCUGACAAGACCUUACCAGACCUGAUCAGCACCGGCAGGCCGCUCGGCAGACGCAGGACGCUGACACAUGUCUCAGAUACGCUUAAAGAAGUACGUAGGGAGGUGGAGCUGUCCCGCAGGAGGAGCAUCAAGCUUAAGGCUCAGGUGGACAAACUGCAGGGGAGCACUGAUGGACCCGGCUGGAGCAAACACCGAGAGACGGUCACAGAUGAAGUUCUGUCAGUUCUGAGGCUGUUAAACCCACUGAUAGAGCCUGAAUCCAGCAAACCUGAGCCCCGAGGGGGGGAGAACCGGCUGGACGCUGCGCUGGUGGAGCUGAAGAAUGUGGCCAGGCAGCUGGCAAUCAGCCAUACCAAGCAGGAUUCUAAAUCUUGGAAAAAUGGAGCAGAAGAGAGCGCCGUCCUGCAGCAGGCUCUGAGGGACAGAGAUGAGGCCAUAGAGAAGAAGAAGGCGAUGGAGGGCGAGGUGCUGCGGAGUAAGACCGAGUUGAUGGCGCUGAACAACCAGCUGCUGGAGGCCGCACAGAAACGUCUGGAGCUCUCACUGGAGCUCGAGGCCUGGAAGGAGGACUUUCAGCGUCUCCUCCAGCAGCAGGUGAUGAGUCAGCAGAUGGCAGAGCAGCAGGCCCAGAAUAAGUCAACUCGGAAAGGCCUCCUGAGGCGAAACAAACAGCCUCCCAUCCAGCGGCCGACAAACUUCACAUUCGGAUCACCCGCACCUCCCACCACCAACUCCAACCAGAUCUUUGUGAACAAGCCUGCCAACCCUUCAGCACCGGCUCCCAGCAUGGCCUCUCCUCCUGCUGCUGCCUCCGCUGGAACUCGCACCUGGAGGGACAAGUUGAAGAAGACCAGGCCUCGCUUCCCGUAUCAGGACGGAGCCGAGCAGGAGAAGGAUUGGGGCAGAGGAGACGAUGGCUUUCAGGUGGUUUGCCUCGACUGAAACCAUCACAGGACAUCCAGCACACUGGAGCUUUCCAGAGACUCACACAAAUAAUAAUAAUGCUGCUGCUUAUUGUGAGGAAGUUUGAAGGGUCAGAAUGAUGGCAGUCCACACUACAAAAACAAUCUAGAAAAAAUAAGUAGAAAUGUUUUAAAUUAAAUGUAUUUACCCUUAAUUUCAGUAAGUAAAUAAGAUGAAAUUUGCCAAUGGAAUAAGUAUUUUUCCUCUUUAAAUGAGACAAUUAGAUAUCAUGGACUUGAAAUAAGAAAAUGCAAUUGUUUUUCUUAUUUUAAAUGUAAAUUGUCUUUUUCCAUUGGCAAAGUGUCUCAUUUAUCUACUAAAUUCAAGAAAAAAAUGCACUUAUUUUAAGAAAAAAAAUACUUAUUUAGAUUUUUGCAGUGCAGUUUGAUGCCAGAAACCCAGAAUCUGCAGAGCUUGUAGUUUUGCCCUCAGUCUGCAAACUUUUCUAUAACAGAGAAAUGUGUUCUUUUACCAGAGGCAGGAAAACAGGGAACAAAUUUCUUUCAGGAAUUUCUUGCUUUAUGCAAAUCAUGUGCAGAACUCCUAGAAAGUAUUUGCAGAUCUUCUACUGCAGCAAACCACCUUCAUAGUUUUCUGAUACCAAACAGGACAUUGUUCUGCUUGUGUCCUUCUGUUCUUGAAGCUCUGGGAAAGAAAACAAAUUUUAUUAGUGCCAAAGUUCUUCUUCUGCCCCUCUGCAGAAGAUUCAUGUCUACAGUUUGGACUAGAGAUGCACCGAUCUGGAUGAUGUGGUUUUAUAAAGCUUUUACCUGCCAGGACUGAUUUAAAUGGCUUUAUUUGUCAUUACUGCAGAGCACUAUUUAUUUUUUUUAGGUCAGACUUGAAAUCUGAAACUCAUAUCCAAUCAGGGAGAGCUUGAAAAAGCUGUUGUAGGGAUUUUAAAUUCCUAAUUUGGAAUCAAAACCCUAAUUAACAUGUGUUUUCAGGUAUUUUACACCUAAAAGCAACAGUUAAUUUGUGUAUAUUUUAUAGCCCUUUCUCUUAAAACUCAUUAGAAAUAUUAAAAAAGUUUCAGAUAUUUUGACAGUGUUGAUUUAACAGCUGUCAUUUUGAACAUUAUAAAUAUUACCAUCUAUAGCCUCACUUAUUGGUGUAAGAAAUACAUCCUUCGUCUAAGAGUGUUCAUAUGUUUUA